AUGUCACCUGAUUUCUUGAAUGUUUUUAAAGCAGAACAAAGUUCUGACAGAUUAGCUGAAAAAAUUUGUUCUAAUUCAAAAGCUGAUAAAUCUUCAGGAAAUGUGCAGGCAGAUGGUCAGGCAGUAGCCAAUGUCCUAGCUUUAUUGCAUGAAUUCCGAUAUCAACUAACAGCGCUUUUGUGGAAGCACAAAUGCGCCAGGAAGACAAGCUGCACACGAGAGAGAUACGAAAGGCAACAACGGCAUCACAACAAUAUUACUGUGCCAAUGUACAAGGUGCUAGCAACUCAGUAA